AUGAACGGAGAAGGAAAAGUAACUGAAGUCCACACCUUCGACAGCUGGAAGGAGAGUAUCAAAGCCGCCAACGAAUCCAAGAAACUUGUCGUGAUAAACUUCAGUUCGAGAUCGUGUCGAUAUUCUCGUUUAUUUGCUCCAUCCUAUGAAUAUAUGGCUGACCAGUUCCGCAAUGUCAUCUUCUUCAUGAUCGAGGUAGACGAAUUCGGAGUGGUUACUGGAGAAUUCGAAGUCGAUACAACGCCGACUUCUGUCUUCAUGAAAGAAGGACAAAUCAUCGAUCGUGUUAUUGGUGCAAACCAACAAGCACUCCAUGAGACAUUGCUGAAGCAUGGUGGUGAAGUCGCUUGA